AUGGCAGAAAUACUGGAUGCUCGUGAAAGUAGACUUAUGGAGGUAAGCAGAAGUCAUGCGGAGUUAGCUGAGAGUAAUGCCUGCUUAAAACAUCAGAUGGAAUCACUGUUGGCCAAACAAGAGAGUAGCGACAUUAAUACAAUCACAGAGGACUACACACAGCGGUUGUCGGCAUUAGAGAAAAAGUUCCAACAAGCAAUUAGAGAAAAGGAUCAGCUAAGAAAGCAAUUAGAUAAUUUCAAACAAGAAGUAGCUAGAAAGAAUGCAACGGGUGUAGAGGCUCUGCUCAAAGAAAAAGAAGAUAUGAUAGCCCAGUUACAGGAGGAGGGGGAAAAAUUGGCCAGACAAGAACUUCAGCAUUCUAACAUUAUCAAGAAAUUAAGAGCCAAGGAGCGUGAUAAUGAACAGGUUAUUAAGGGGUUGCGUGACAAGAUAGCAGAGCAAACUGCAGAGUUGGAUCGCAUGAAACGGUCUUUGGCUGCUAAAGAGGAAGUUGAAGUUAGUCAGAUCGAAGCUGUCUAUCGGCUUACCACUACCAACAAGAAGUUAGACGCUGAACUUAUAGAGACGAAAAGCGCUCUCGAUGACACCACCCAGAAUUUGGUGAGCACUAAAACAUCGUUAGAAGCUGCAAGGCAUGAGAUUCAUGAGCUACAACGAAGUGUCUCUGACCUGCAAAAGUUAAGAUCGGGAAGCAGUCAGCUGGAAAUGGAACGGGAAAGAGCUGAACGGAAAGUGGAGAUGCUAAAACAUGAAUUGCAACAGCUGCGAAUGGAGAGAGCUAGAGAGGAAGCUAGAUGGGUCUCACGCGAGGAAGCCUUGCGACGUGAGGUGGGCGAAGCCCGAGAAAUGGGAGCGCUAGAGCGCGCUGAAGGAGAUACGAUGCCCCACGCCGCGUUACUGGAGCAAGUGGCAGCCCUACAACGUGCCGCGCUCGACCGGGACCGAGCUAGGGCUGCAACUAAUGCGAGACUCGCCGAAAUCGAGACGUUAGCAGCAAAAGCGACGGAAAGGGAACGUCUUACUCGCGAAGAAAACGCCGCGCUAGUGGAGCGCCUUAGCAUAUCUGAUAGUUUACAACGCGAGGCUCAAACCCGUUUAGACACACUCACUGAACAUUGGCGGGACGCACAGAAUCGCUGCGCACAACUGGAAGACGAACUUCGAAACAAAACAAAAGAGUUAGAUGAACUUAGAAGCUCUACAGAGAAAAAGAUAACAGAUUUAGAGAGGCGAGUGAGCGAGACAGAACGCCUAUUAGAAGAAGAACGCAUUACUCUCGAUACAGAAAGGAAACGUAACGCUAUACUUCAGGAGCAGUUAUCAACUCGCGUCGAUGUGUCUCCGCCUCAAUCCGUUAUAUCGGACACAUUGUCCAAUUCAUUAUGGAAUGAAGAAGUGAGUGGGAAUGCGAUAGGCCCCCUUUGGGUACCUCAAACGCUGAGCCUUGAAAGACCUGGAACGGGGACGCAGAGUGCGGUAGCCGCUUUACGAGCAGAGCGCGACGUGUUGCGGACGCAUGUGGCCACACUCACGCAGCAGGUCCAGGAUAUGCAGAACCUCCAGGAACAAUACGACGCCCUCCUCCAGAUGUACGGCGAAAAGGAGGAGCAGGUGGAGGAGUUAAAACUGGAUCUACAGGAUGUUACGCAACUGUACAAACAACAGCUGGAUGAGCUCGUCGCGUUAAGGGAACAAGCUAAGCGAUAA